AGCAUCGACUAUCUAUAUAUUCUAUAACGUUAUUGCAGCUAGCUGGAAGCUAACGUUAGCUAGCUGGCCUGAUUUUGUUGUACACAAGCUGGGUGACCCUGUCACGGUUACGUAACGUUAAACGUACCUGACGUGGAAAAUGUUUGAACAGACAAAUGCCGCGUUCAAAACAACUGGGAACUCGAGAAAAUAAAACAUCACAAAAAAAUACAUCGUUUUGAAAUGUCAUUCAUCUCGGGAUUGCAAGUCGGAAACACGGCCUUGAGUGCAUUAUGCUUGACACCGUGACUGCAGUGGUGAGGUUUGCACAAUACAAUGGCAGCAUAUUGCCAACCUAUGUGGAAAACACAUCAGCAAUUCCUACCUGGCAACCAGAGUUUGAGGCCAACAUCACCAAGCCUCAUCGAUGUCUCCAGAUCCUAUACGAGGACAUUGGCAAGUCAAGAGUUCGGUUUUGGGACCUCAUGCUCCUCAUUCCCAAUGUGGCUUUCUUCAUGUUCCUGAUGUGGAAACUGCCCUCAGCCAGGGCCAAGAUCCGGCUCACCUCCAGCCCCAUCUUCAUCACCUUCUACAUACUGGUGUUUGUGGUGGCAGCGGUGGGAAUCACCCGUGCCGUAGUGUCCAUGACCGUCAGUGCAUCCAGUGCUGCCACCAUCAUUGACAAGGUGCUGUGGGAGAUCACCCGCUUCUUUCUGCUAGCCAUUGAGCUCAGUGUGAUUAUCUUGGGACUGGCUUUUGGCCACCUGGAGAGCAAGUCCAGUAUAAAGCGUGUGCUGGCGAUCACUGCUGUACUGGCACUGGGUUACUCCAUCACACAGGGCACCCUGGAGAUCCUGUACCCUGACAAGCACCUUUCCGCCGAGGAUUUCAACAUCUACGGCCACGGGGGACGCCACUUCUGGUUGGCCAGCUCCUGUUUCUUCUUCCUGGUGUACUCUCUGAUUGUCAUCCUUCCCAAAACCCCGGUGAGGGAGAGGAUAUCCCUGCCAUCUAAGAAGAGUUUCUAUGUGUACGCUGGCGUCCUGUCCCUGCUCAACCUGGUCCAGGGCCUGGGCAGCGCCAUGCUGUGUGCCGGUAUCAUAGAGGGGCUCUGCUGCGUGGACGUCACCACCUUCCUCUACUUCUCCGUGUUCGCCCCGCUCAUCUACGUCACCUUCCUCAAAGGCUUCUUCGGCUCAGAGCCCAAGAUCCUCUUCUCCUACAAGUGCCAGGUGGACGAGCCGGACGACCAGGCAGACGUCCACCUGCCCCCCACCUCGACCUCUGGUCUGGGCCGCAAGGAGCAGCUGGAGCAAGGCUCCUUCUACUCCAGCACUCAGAUAGACGGCCUGACUGCCACUGGCAUGGCUGCCUACCUGGACGACGUGGCCUCUGGUCCUUUCGGGGCGGGCAGCAUCAACAGCAUCGACAGCGACCGCUGGAGGGCCAUCAACGCCUAAGGAAAAAGUUGAGAGGAAAGGGGAGGUUAGGGGAUGUAUGCUAAGCUAGUAGGAGAGUGCUAGUAGGACUGGUUAAGUGGAGAGUAGUGAGGGGGGAAGGUUGGAGUUUGCUAUGGCUCUCUCUCCCUCUCUGGAGAAACUGUGAGGAGGGCCCUCAUUGAGGAAACUGCUCCCCCAUUUCAGCUCCUGUUUGUCCUCCAUAUCCGUAAUUUUGGCUCUUGCUGCCUGUUCCAUUCUGGCUCAAACAUUACAUUCUUCGCAAUACCUGCCUAGGAUUUUUCCACAACUUCAGUCAAGUAUUAUCCCCCCAGUAAUUGAGUGCGUGGACAACAAAGCUAAGAAGCAAAUGUUAUUUUAAGUGUAAAGGUAAUGUCCGUUACAUUCCCAUCGAAGGGUUACAGCUCAGUGAGGUAAAGUCCACUAACUGUGGCUUUGUGUUAGAUUUGUGACUACUUGGUAACCAGGUCGUAUUGAAUCACCAAUUCACCGUGCCUUGCUCCCUAUAGACCAGAUCUGUCCUUAUCACGCUAGGACCCUUCUCUAAAUUGCAUCAUUCGUAAUGUUUUAUGUUUGAAAUCAGUGCUUUUUUUCCAGUCUUUGAUGCUUGACGUGUAAUGUCAUGUACCCUCAUUGUAUUAAUUGAGGAACUCGGGCUUGAGUCUGCAGGAGCUUGGUAUGCCGUGUCAAAGACCAUUAGUAGUGCAUCUGGUAUCCAUGUGAUUUGCUGCUGGGGCAUAGAGAGAAUCAAAAUGGAUGCUGAGUCGCACCCGUCAUCUCUACCUAUUUUAUGUUAUUAUUUACUGUCUGUUUUAUUUAUUUUAGUGACCGCUCGGGUUUUAUGUCGAUAGGUAGUUCCAUCAGCGGAUCAAACCUGGUAUAAGAAAUGUUUCUAAUGACUAAAGCAACAUUUACAAACCAACCGUCAAAUGAGGGAGAGAGAAGGCAGGAAUAGCACUUGUGGUUAGGCUAUCUAUUUUGCAGACCUUUUUUUACUUUAAGAAAUAUUCAUCCCAAGAUGCAUUGGAUUCAACUGAAAAGAAACUGAGAAAAACAAAGGUAAUUUUUUUGUGACUCAAAUAUGAACUAAUAUUGAAAUGUCAUUUUCAAUGUAUGAAAUUAUUGAAUUGGCAACCUUACGUUGCUCAUGUGCUCUUUAUAAUUGAGCCCCGAUUUCAUCACAAAGAAAGAGCAACUUUAAACACAGUAAAUCUGUUUGCUGAUAAUGCUCAGUGCGAACUGGACCAAUUUGCAUGAAGCACUACUUCCUUGCAGUGAUCCUUCUUUGUCUGCUGUGAACUUAGUAGCCCACAACACAUGGCUUGCUGUGAAACCAAUUCCAUUGUUUAUGCCCCCUUUUGAUUUUGUCACUUAUUCAUUCCCCCACCCCGAACGAGAAUUGCCCCUUGGAAUGGUGUACAUUUGGCAUGGUAAAACAUUGUCUUGUGAGUGGAGUUCGUCGUGUGACAUAUAGCAUCAGUAUGUCAUAUAAAGACACGUUUAUUUUUUUCAUAAAUGUAAGCCACCACAAAGCAAGUUUUUGUAUUGCCAUAGUAGUAUUUUAUGAGUCUUCUGCCUUGCACGUCCAAACACUUGACCUGCAUCAACAAAGGAAACCCUGUAACUUGCUCUCACACAGGCUUAUAUUUCUAGAGAAAUGUUGUAUUUGAGGGUCAACAUUAUUGAUGAAAAAUUGAGUAUAAUAAUUAUAAUGUGUUAGUGGGGUGUGGGUUUCAAAUGCAAGUGUUGGCAGGCUACAUAAGAUUGAAUACAAUAUUUAAUUGAAAGGACUUUGAAAAAGAGUAAGGAUACUCAGUGCCAGCAAGCUGUGAAUAACUUGUAAUUGUAUUUAAUUAUGUAUCAUUGUAGAAUAUUCAACUCAUAUGUUGUGUUGAGGAUACCAUGAGACGAUUAAACAUGCUUCCUUUUCAUUCCUAUACA